AUGGCUUCUUCCUCAACUCCCAUGGUCAACGGACACCCUCAAGAGCGCCCUCAAGUGUUCAUCAACUUCAGAGGAGAGGAACUACGCAAAAACUUUGUCAGCCAUUUGGAGGACGCCUUGAAGGAUGAGGACAUCAACUACUUUAUUGACACGAUGGCAGAUCCAGGGGACGAGAUGGUUAACCUUUUCAACCACAUCGAGGAGUCGAAAGUCGCACUUGCGGUUUUUUCUGAACGGUACUCAGAAUCAAACUGGUGUCUGGACGAGCUGGUGAAGAUUAUGGAGAGGGUCGAUGAGAAGAAACUUAGAAUCUUCCCCAUCUUCUUCCAUGUGAAGGUAGGAGAUGUGAAAUACCAGAAGGGGAAAUUUGGUGAAAACUUAAGAAAAGGAGAAGGCCGUGACCUAUGUAAUAUGGAUAAAUGGAAGAAAGCUUUGCAGUCAGUUUCUCGAAUAGUAGGUUUGCGUUUGGAGGCUGACAGUGACAGGACCGAGAGCAAUUUUAUCAGCCAGGUCGUUGAGAAACUGAAGACCGUGAUAGCCUUGAUCGAAAGAGAGGAAGGAACCAACAUGGUUUCUACUAGUAUGUCCUCUAUGAAUUCUAUUGGAAAUGCUUCAUCUGGAGACAUCUUACAGCCGAUAGCGCCUUUCCCCAGCAAUGGAAUGAAAGAAGUCCUGAAGCAAUUGGAAGAAAAGAUAGAUUUCAAAUCCGAAGAAACUCAAAUCGUUGGAAUUGUUGGGAUGCCUGGGACUGGUAAAACAGCCCUCGCGGAAAUGCAUCAUCAAGAGUGGCAGUACAAGUUUUUGUUCAAUGAGUUUUUCCGGGGAUUCCGUGAAAAGUCCAAAGACGACUAUGAUUGGGUGAAGAACACGCUUCUAAAUGCUCAACUCCAAAGGACAGGCAAUGUAAAGAUUUUUGUCGUUCUAGAUGACGUGAGCGACAAGAAACAACUCGAGUUCCUUCGGACGAACCCCGGACUUAUUAAGAAAGGAAGCAAGAUUGUGAUAACAACACGUGACAAGGGAUUGAUAGCAGAUUUAGUUGAAGAUACAUACGUGGUCCCUGGAUUGAACGACAAAGAAGCUCUACAGCUCUUCAGCCAUCAUGCCUUCAAUGGUCAAGACUGUGAUCAUCCCCCAGAGAAUUUCAUUGAAAUGUCAAAAAUGUUUGUGGAAUAUGCCGGAGGCAAUCCACUAGCUCUCCAGGAAUUGGGAAAUGAGCUUUGCGGGGAAAAUGAGGCUCACUGGAGAAGGAGACUAGAAACGCUGCCACAUUGUUGCAAUGAGAACAUCGGAAGAGAACUAAGAAUCAGUUAUGACGACCUGACUCAGAUGCAGAAACAUGCAUUUCUCGACAUAGCUUGUUUCUUUAGAUCCGAGGAAGAAGAUUAUGUACAACAUUUACUGGACACUAACUCUGGUGAAGCUGGAAGCGAAGUUAUUAGAGAUCUCGCCGACAAGUUCAUGAUAAAUAUCUCUGCGGGCCGAGUAGAUAUGCAUAAUCUCUUUUGUACGCUGGGAAAAGAAAUUGGUUCAUCAGUUGAAAAAAAUUUGGGGAAAAGUAGAUUGUGGAAUCGUGAAGAUGCUCGUGAGGCUCUGGUCCUCAAAAAGGGAACUGUUAGUGCACGAGGUGUAUUCCUAGAUAUGUCCAAAAUAGGCAAGGGAAUAGCCUUAGAACGUAAAGCUUUGAUUAAGAUGCCGAAUCUGCGGUACCUCAAAAUCUUUGACUCUGGCUGUCCUCGGCAAUGUGAGCCUGUUGACGGCAAAGUAAACUUGCCUGAGGGACUUGAGUUUCCCUUGAAAGAGAUCCGAUAUCUUCACUGGCUGAAAUUUCCACUGGAGGAACUUCCGCCAGACUUCAACCCAGAGAAUCUUAUCGACCUUAGGCUGCCUUACAGCAAGAUUAAAAGGGAUACACCAAAUUUAAAGUGGGUAGAUCUAACUCAUUCGACUAACUUGAACGACAUUUCAGCUUUGUCAAAUGCUAUAUCUCUUAGACGGUUGAGUCUUGAAGGUUGCACUAAGCUUGAUAAGUUGCCAGAAGAUGGUACUGCGAUUAAGGGACUCCCUCCGUCCAUCCAAAACCUCGGAAAACUUAUUGUUUUGAAUCUGAAAGACUGCAAUGAACUUGAGUCUCUACCAGACUGUCUUGACAAGCUUAAAGCUCUUGAAGAACUGAUACUCUCUGGUUGUUCAAGGCUUACAAAUUUUCCCCAUGUUGAGGAAAUUAUGGAGAAUCUUCAAAUUUUAUUACUCGAUGGGACGUCGAUCAAAGAGCUUCCAAGUACAUUAUUACAUUCUGGUAAUAACUCCAUCGACCAAUUGGCUUUACAACGGAUACAACUCCGGAUGACUGGAUUAUCCUUAUUGCGGCGUCUAUGCUUAAGUAGAAAUGAUAAGAUCAGCAGCUUGCAAUCAAGCAUCAGUCAACUCUAUCAUUUGAAAUGGAUUGACUUGACGUAUUGCAGUAAUCUGACAUCUCUUUCAACGCUCCCACCGAAUCUACGAUGCUUAGAUGCACAUGGUUGCACCUCACUAAGAACAGUUGCCAGUCCUUUGGCCAGUCUCUUGCCGUCAACAGAGCAGAGACUUGCUUUGGAAGCUUUGGUUGGCACUUGCUUUCCCGGAAUUGAAGUUCCGGCAUGGUUCAAUCACAAAGCCUUUGGAGCAGUCAUAAAGCCAGAGCUGCCUAGACAUUGGAGUGAAAGUGGGUUUGUUGGAAUAGCUCUAUGCAAUGAGCAAUGCACAGUCAAAUCUACUCAUGUUUUCAUUGGCUUCACUAGUUGGUUGAAUAUCAACAAAUGUAGAGAAGUUGGCCUUAAAGAAGGGUGUAUUCCUGCUAAGGCUUCCAUUGAAUUUAAGGUCACGGAUGGUACUUGUGAGGCUGCAAACUGUGAGGUACUAAAGUGCGGUUUUAGUUUCGUUUGUGAAUCUGAUAAUGGUUCUUGGAAUGCAAAUGCUGAAGCAACUCCAAUGAUUUAUGAAUCUAAUAACGGUGCUUUGGAGGCAAACGCUGAAGCAACUCCAGUGAUAGUUGAAUCUAAUACUGGUUCUUCGGAUGCAAACGUGGUUGCAAAUCCAGUGGUAGAGGGAGAAAUACAAGGUGGAGGUAGAUUUUUGGGUCUCUUGAGAAGAAGAGCAUGGUUUUUAAAUUUAUGA